CCGAGGCUGUAAGCUGCCCGGAACAGGAUAAAUAUUAAUGCGAUCUUUGACAUCGUUCUAGAUAUCUUCUUUUGCUUUAUAUCCCUAACAAGAAUGGAGGAGUUAUUAGCGAAACACCGCAAGGAACAAAAAGAUCUCCAAGCACGCAUCACUCAGAAGAAGAAAUCUGCCACGAAGAAGACCCGCCGGGGUAUUAACGAAGAAUGCGAUAGGCUUCAGAGUGAACUUUCCGAACGACACCAGGCCGAGAUUGCAGAGUUAAAUGGCGAGCCUGCCCCUCCCGUUGACGACCUCGACGAUCUCAGUUUGAAUGGUUCGGAAGAAGAUAAAACACAGAAGGACGAAACCGAUGGUUCACAGAACCCUCCAUCGAUAGAUAAUUCUCCAGAUACAUAUUCCGCGACCGCAGAGGCCUCCACCCCGUCACCACGACCUAAGAAACCUAAUCGCCAGAAGGCUCGUCUGGCACGUCGCGCUGCGGAGCAAGCGGCGCAGUCUGCCAUUGCCGCGGAAGAAGCUGCAAAACAAACAGAUUAUCGUGGAGAUGAGCAAGAGGUCAUGGAUGGCGUUUUCAAACGGUUGGGGUUGAAACAGGUUGAGAUAAAGCCUGAUGGGCACUGUCUCUACUCCGCCAUUGCCUACCAGCUGGAAAUGCUAGGCCUUGGCUUGAAACCUGACCCAAAAAGAAUCAUCCUUGAGACCCCGACUCAGUCCCGCAUUGAUACGGUAGCCUCGCCUCAACACGAUGGCUAUAGAGCAGUUAGGGCUGUGACAGCCGAUUUCAUAAACGAGCACCAAGUUGAUUUUGUGCCCUUCAUGGAAGAGCCCGUGGAACUAUACACUCGCAAGAUCAAGCUUACAGCAGAGUGGGGUGGACAAUUAGAGCUAUUAGCGAUUGCUAAGGCAUAUGGUGUGGAAAUCAACAUCAUACAAGGUGACGGAAGGAUUGAAAAGAUCGAAGGUGAUACUCAAGAGUAUGAUGACGAACAGAAGAGCAAACGCAUCAUUUGGUUGGCCUACUAUCGGCAUACGUACGGUCUCGGUGAGCAUUAUAACGCACUUAUGAAAUGAUCUCAGCCAUCCACGCAAGUCAAUAUACGAUCAAAGCCUUCGUCGUCACGAAACUCGGGUUCUGUUCUAAAUCUCUUUCUAAUCAGGUACUUAUUUUCAGUCGAGAUUUCAAUUCUCCUGCUUAUGCCCCUUGUCGU